AUGUUCAGUGCAUUUAAGCUGGUUGGAUCCUCAGUUUCAAGGCGAUUCGCUUCUACCUUCCGGGCUUCACCUGUUACAAAAAAUAUAAUAAGAAUUCACAUAAAUGACCUACACGACUUGCUGGGUGGUUCUAUAAGUGAUGUAUUUAGGUCAGAGGCCUUAGAGGAUAUGCAAAAUUACCGUAAUUCAGCAAGCAAACCAUCAUCAUCAAUGAUAUUUACAUCUGUGCUCAGAAAAAGACGACUUAAAAUGAAGAAGCACAAACUUAGAAAGAGAAGAAAAGCCCAACGUGCACUUAAGAUUAAGAUCGGUAAAUGA